AUGAGCAUCGCCUCCGCUCCCUUCAACAAACCCUCUGCAGACCUUAUCUUGCAGACCUCAGACAACUUCCAGUUCAACGUAUGGAAGGUAAUCCUUAUGGAGGCCUCUAUCGUCUUUGCCGAUAUGUUCACGCUGGACGAGAUACCACACGGCUCCGCCUCUGACGGCGCGGCAUCACAUCAAGCCCCCGCCGUGAAGCUCACCGAAACCAGCGCAGCCCUGGACGGCUUCCUCCGUAUGUGCUACCCUCCCCCGCACCCCACGUUCACUUCUAUCGACGCCCUCCGCUCCGUCAUGGCCGUCGCACACAAGUACCAAGCCGACGGCGUCUUCCAGGUGCUCAAAGAAGCCCUCGUCCGCAAUUUCGCCGCCACCCAGCCCGUGCUCGUCUACGCCAUCGCCGUGUACUUCGACCUCGCCAACGUCGCCAGGACGGCCGCGCGCCACUUCCUCGCGGUCCCUUCCCCCGCGCCGCCGCCGCCCAGCGAGCUCUCGGAGGACAUCAACGUCGCCGGGGCGUACCAGCGCCUGCUCGCCUACCGCCGCCAGUGCAGCGACGCGAUCUCGGACAUGGUCCAGAGCAGACUCGCGUGGCUCCCGCAAGGCGCCUGGCAGUUCCUCACCUGCACGCACUGUCCGCCGUCGGCCGUCACCAGCUUUUACCCCGGCAGCAGCGGCAGCGGGCAGCCGUUGCCGGCACAUGCACAGGUGCCGAGGAUGUGGUUCUGGAACCACCACGAGCGCAUGGGAGAGCUGUUGCGGGAGCGGCCGUGCGCCGCGGCGCUCAAGCGCCCUAGCCUGCUCGAGCAAGGGAUCGUGGAGGUGGCUCCGACGUGCGGGAACUGCAGGUUCAGCGCGCCUCGGCUGCUUCGGCUCUUCAACAAGGAGUUGGGGAAAGAGGUGAGGCGCCGGAUCGCACAAGUGAGCUCGCCCUGGUUCUCUGGACCGCGCUGA